UUUAUAGGACGGCUCCUAACCUGUACCUACAACCAAUCGAGAAUCAGAGAAAUUGUGCAUUGUCUGUGCUGAAUUCUGAAUUUAAACAUAUGGACUAAACUCAAUUCGAGGAAGAAGCCAAGUCAGAGUGACUUUCACACACGGAAAGAAGAUGGGGACGCCAGUAGUUUUCUUUCCCCACCUAAAUAUUUCUUGCCCAAAGGAAAAGACAUUUUACAAAGUAAUUCAAGCUACAGGAAAAGAAGAUACGAGCAAAGAAUCCAAAAGCAGAACAAAGGAAAAGAGAAACAGACUGAGCCUUCUCCUGCAGAAACCUGAACUCCAUGAAGAUGUCAGUCCACACGGAGCUGGGAGUUUAGCAAAGGAAGCAAGUGUCUCUCCUGAAGAAGCAAUGAAAUGGGGCGAAUCAUUUGACAGCCUGCUUUCUCAUAAAGAAGGGUUGGAUGCCUUUACAAAGUUCCUCAAAACCGAGUUCAGUGAAGAAAAUAUUGAGUUUUGGAUAGCCUGUGAAGAGUUCAAGAAAAUCAAGGAUGCUAAGCAGAUGGUCCUGAAAGCCAAGACAAUUUAUCAGCGAUUCAUAAAGAACGAUGCUCCAAAAGAGGUGAAUCUCGACUUCCAUACCAAAGAAAUCAUUGGUAAAAGCAUCGCUCAGCCCACCCCGCACUGUUUUGAUGCCGGACAGACCACAGUUUAUCGACUGAUGGAGCAAGACAGUUACACGCGAUUUCUCCGAUCCGAUAUUUAUUUAAACGUGCUCAAGGGAAGCCCCCCACGAACCACAAACCUUAGGAGGCGAUCACGCUCAUUUACCUUCAAUGAAUUCCAGGAUGUGAAAUCUGAUUUUGCUAUUUGGUUAUAAAGAGUCUAUUUUCUCAUUUCUGUUUAGAAGCCAUUGAACUGGAUGCAGAAGAAGAUGUUAACUAAUCAGUUAAUCUCCUGAUAUAGAAAUCUUCAUGUGAUGGAGCUAUAAAUGCAUAUGUGGUAAUACUUCUAUAGAUACAUUAUGUAAAAGUGCAAUUUGCGCCACUUUACUACCUAACGGGUCAAAGGCCUAUCUUUUUACAAAGCAUCAGUGCAUCACAAUCACUGUGGACAUAUGGUAACUAAGAUUUGGAAAUCCAUAAAAGGUUGCUGAAAUGUAUUUUCUAAAUUGUUCACUUUUCCCCAAUCUGUAAAAUAUGGUUAUGUAUAAUGUUCAAAAUUACCCAUCAACAAGGUGCAAAUAGUGACUUCAAUAUGGCCUUGCACUCUGACU